UGUCAGCCGUUGCGUCCCUCUCCAUAACAAACUCGCAUUCCCACCCUUUGGCCCCAAAUCGCGGGGGUCCGUCGUUGCUGGGUGCCGUACUACCGCGCAGCAGGCUGAGCCACUUUCACGAACACAGCACCUCAGACCACAACUUCUAACCUCCUUUUCUACCUCUUCCUAUUCAUUUCACUAUUCCAUCGUGCGAGGAGCGUUAUCUCCUCCUACCGCCAUCAUGCAGCGAGUCCAGAGGAAGUUCACGAAAAUCAUGCCGGGCAGGAAACCUGAGACCGGCGACGUCGCUACCAUGCUCCGCGAGUUUGAAGAGGCGGACCAGAUGCUCGUCAAGAUCGCAGACGCAGCCAAAAUGUGGCGAGACGCUUGGUCGAACAUCCUCACCCACCAGCUAGGCAUGAUUGAGGAAGUCCAUAUUCUCUACCUCCCAUUAGGCACGAAGGAAGAAUAUGAGAGCGGCUAUAUACCGGUCGACGCCCCGAGAGCGACAUUAGAGCGAGCGGCGAAGCUGAAAGAGGCAUACCUGGAGCUCAAGGUGGACAUGAACACGGAGGUCCAAGCAAUUGACACGAGACUCAUCGGGCCCGCAAAAACAGCUAGAGAGUCGCUAAAGCCCUUGAAGAAGACUAUCAAGAAUAGAGAGGACCGAAAGUUGGACUACGAAAGGUUUAAGGGCCGCGUGGAAGCACUGGAAAAGAAAGCUACACGAUCUCCACGCGAGGAAUCAGCCCUUGGGAAACAUGAGGCCGACCUCGCGAAAGCAUCCUACGAAUACGAGUGUGCAGAUGAGAGCCUUCGAGAGAAGCUCCCUGGCAUAAACGCAGCCACCUUCUCCCUUCUCCCGCACCUACUGGCCAACCAGAUAUUGCUCCAGAACAAUCUGCUUGGAAAUCUAUAUACUGUCCUCCACCAAUACUCCCAGGAGCAGGGAUUCCCAAACCCGCCGCCAGAGCUAGAAGAGGUGAUACCGGUUUGGGAUGCCGAAUUCACUCCUCUUCGCAAGGAAGCAGAAAGUGGUAUAGAGCUGCUGGCGCGUGGCAAGGCAGUCCAUCUUCCUAUGAGGAUGCCCGAUCAGGGCAGCACACUCACUGGCCUUGGUCUGAGGAACAAGGUGGUUCCAGGGCGAAACUCGAGCGCUGCGAACCCGGACCAAGGCAGCACUCUAACUGGCAUGGGUCUCAGAAACAAGGUCAUUCCAGGACGUAAAGGGAGCAGUAACUCUUCGGUCCCAACUAUGGGAACUGUACGCCACGCCACCUCUCCCAGGCCAAGUUACGACCAUCAAGAAGUCAACGAGCCACCGCAAUCUCUGAAUCUCUCCAACAAGCCGUCUAUGCACCAUCUCAACGCUUCUAAGCCGAAAAUUGGGAGUAGUUAUUCUAACAAUCUUAGCCCAUCUUCUAGCCAAGAGCAAUGGGGACGUCGUACUUCAUCUCCUUCCGCAACCAAUGGCCAAAACGACUAUUUUGUAAAGCCGAGGAUACCCUCAGCCAGUGCUGUCCGUCCUAGAUCUCCAAAUCCAGCGGCAGGAAAGAAGAAGCCUCCACCUCCGCCGCCUCCUAAGAAGAUAGGAUCGUAUCAGGGCGAAUACGUUACCGCGAUGUAUGAUUUCGUAGCUUCAACUCAGGGUGACUUGGCUUUCCGCGAAGGCGAUCGGAUAAGGGUUACAAAGAAGACACAGAGCUCACAGGAUUGGUGGGAAGGCGAACUCAAUGGCCAGAAGGGUAGCUUUCCAGCGAACUAUUGCAAAUGAAGAGGCUCUGUGUGGUAGUUGAUUGUUGAACUGCAUCUCAUGUCCUCAUGGAGGGCUCUUGAGCGCUACGGCUUGGAUUCAUACACCAGAGCUUCAAUAGGUGUCACGACGUGUCAAUUGGUGACACAUGCCGUAAAAAGUAAAGCCUCUGAUCAAACAAUAAAGAAAUGCUGCGCGAUACUCAAUUUCAUGAUCAACGCAAUGAAUGUACAUAUGACUACUUACUGUCACCCACACAGUCACGUCUCAACAGCGCCUCGAUUUGGACAGCGCCUG